ACUUUUUUUUUGGCGAGAUUGAAUACUUACCGAUUUCCACAAACAAACAUUCCAACGGACCGUAAGGUCACAUAUUACAAAGUGUACAGUAUUCCCUUUGUCACUUGAUUGUGUCAUUGUAAGUGAUUCACUGAGUUUUGAUUAACUUCUAUUAAAAUUAAUUACAUUGUUUUGGUACACAGAGCAAUAAAUAACCUCACUUUUUGAAUGUCUCCGUUUGACAGAUCAAUGCGUUACGUUUCAUUCUUUUAGUAAAAAAAAAGUGUAUAACAAAAUUAAAUGUUCAAUACUAAAUUUUUAUAAAACUUAAUAUUUAGGCUCUUUAAUUUAAAUUCUAGCUAUUUACAGUAUUUUCCUCAAUGUUUAUAUUAAAAUAACAUUGUAAUGUAUCUUGAUCGAUCAUGGAUUCGGAACGUUCUAGAAAUUUGACAUAUUCUGAGUGAAACGAAACACACAGGUGACGUUCAGAAACUUGCUUGUUUGUUAUUUUUUUUCUUUCUAAAGUUUAAUUAUUUAAUUAAAUUUAAAUGAGAGAAGCAGUAUUGUGAGUUCCCAUAUCGAAAUUAUUCAAUAAGAGGCUAGUUAACACAAGUGGCAUUUAUUGAAAGUAAAGAAAAAAAAUUAUACAAAACUGCUAGAUAUUGUGAUUUGUUGGAGUGACAAGUUUUCGAACGAACAUCUGAGUCACGGGUGAUGACCGGCGCUUUUUGGAGGGUGGAAGUCUUUUGCUUGGUUGGGGUGAUCGCGAACGGAAGUUCUGUUGUACGUGGUGUGAUAGUGUCCCGAAUUCCAAGAGGUCUGAACCGUGCCGUUCCCUGAUAAACGGGCAGGGCACGCAUCGCCAUCCUCUACGUUAAAAGGGAAUUUUAGAAUAAAUCCGAAAGCCCCGUGAUUUUGUGGACUCAUUGCCACGUGCUGAGUUCUGUUACUGAAGGUAAGCAGGUCCUAUUCCAAGGAUUACCUUGAGUUUCUUCUUGUUAUUUUGUUGUUUGCAUUGGCGGCAUUGUUAACCAAUGCGCGUGGUUGUUAUUCACAGAUUUUGGUUGGACAGUGCUCGGUGGCGAGCUCUGCGCUGUGUCCUGCUUUAGCGGCUGUCGCCGGAUUUUUCCUCCGUUGAAGGUGACGAUGGUGCCUGAGAGUCGUUCCCCGACCAUGACUGGCCGAUAUGUACACUACCGAGGCCGUCCACCACGGUCCAGGGCUACCCUACUUCAUAGGAGGUGUUUGGCACCGGCUGUCCCGCAGUGCCAGACGCUUGCUGCGCCCGACGGGUGCGGAGGGGGUUGAGCCGAGUGGUGGCGACUAGCGCGCUAGUAAUCUUAAGUAUUUUUAAUCAGUACCAACCAAACGGCCCAACGACCCAUCCCUUAAUUUUUCUUUUAAAUAUUUGUGUCUAACCCACAAUUAAAUUGUUGUCAAUUUAAAUAUUUAUUUUUUAUUUUUGCUCCGGCAAAUUUUCAUAUUUACAUGGCGCCCGAACAGGGACGUUGUUGGGUCCGUGGAGAUUCUCCCCGGCACUGGUCUAUUGCUCAGUGACGGAUUGGUUGGUCACCUUAAGUUUUCUUUUCUUACUGUUAUAAUUUUAUAAUAAGUAUAACCAUACUGUAGUGUGUAACGAAUAUCACAAUAAGCCGAAUAUUGUAACUUACUUUACUUUUUGCUAAAAUUAUUAUUUUGAUAAAUCGAUAUGAAGGAGGAACGCCCUAUCCGGUUUAACAUUUUGAACAAAGACGAAUUGAUUUACGAGGUUGCCAUACGAGAUGCUGUACCUGAGAAAACGGUAGAGCUGUUGCGCGCACAGAUAAGACAAUUGGCUCAGGAUAUACCUAGCGAUGAGGUGAGUGAGUUCGAGGGAGAUGCGCUGGCUGAGCUGAGAACUAUUUCCUCCAAAUUAGACGAGCUUGAGGAGCUGUGUAAUAGGAAGCCCCUAUUACUCAAAAAGCUAAAUAGAGUGCAGACUUUAGGAAACCACGUCUUCCAUAGGUUAAGCCGUGUUGAAGCUAAAGAGGAGAGUGAUAGGACUUUGAGGGAACAGUUGGAGGAGCGUCUCAUCCCACUUUUAAAACGGAUCGACCGUAUGACGCACACAUUCGUUAGUAGUUAUGAUUUCCAACCUGCAGAGGAAGAUGUGUCUAAAGCCUCUGGUUCGGCCGUAGAUGAGUCAUCGAAGAACAAAUCUGUAGUGUCUUGUGAUCGUGCUUCGUAUGUUCACUCUCUAAAUUUAAAAUAUAACGGGAAGGAUAGUGUGCAGGAUUUUAUUGUUAGGAUUGAAGAAUUAUGUAAAUCUCGUAAUAUUGCGAAAGAAAGAUUAUUCAAUUCAGCGGCCGAAUUAUUCACAGAUGAGGCUCUAUUUUGGUACCGAGGUACUCGUGACCAACUAAAUAGUUGGGAGGAUUUAAAGGCGUCGUUGCUGGAAGAGUAUUUGCCCUACGACUAUGAUCAUCGUUUGUUGCAGGAGAUUCGUUCGAGGACCCAAGGUCCCGACGAAUCUAUUUGUAGUUAUCUAAGCCUGAUGCAAAAUUAUUUUUCGAGGUUGCGUAAACCUUUAGACGAUGAAGAGAAGUUGAGCUUGGUCAAGUUCAACAUUAGGCCAUCUUACUCCAUUCCUUUGGUCAACGUAGAAAUAAAAUCGUGGGCCGACUUAAAGAGGCAUUGUAGGCAGUUAGAAGCGGCGAAACAGAGGGCAGAAUCCUUCACCGAACCCCCGCGCGGUGUACAGAAUGCUGUCGCCCCUGACCUGGCCUACAAAGGUAAGUCUGCUCGCCCGAGGUGCGAGGCAGUGGUUAAAAAUCCGAGCGUUGAGAAAUUUUGUGUGCGUUGCCGCGUACAUGACCAUACUCUCCUCGAUUGUAAUGCCCCUCGUGUAAUUAUUUGCUACCGAUGUGGUGAGAAGGGCGUGACGGCGGUAAAUUGUCCGAAAUGUGGGCGUAAGAAGGAUUCUACACCAGAGUCAAAAAACGCGUAAAGUCGAACCGUCGUUUCGAUAUUACACCGGUUGAAGAGUGGCGUGCUUGGUGUGAUUACGUGCGUGUAUUUUCAAAAAAUUACAAAGCUAAUGUCUCGAUGGUUCGACCAAAUGAUUGCCAGGACGCGCGUCCUUAUUUAAAUGUUAAAAUUGGUGGUGUUCCAUAUUCUGGGUUACUAGAUUCUGGGGCAGAAAUUUCUAUUAUCGGUGGUUCUGCUGUGAAUUAUUUUUCUCACCUGGGUGAGUUGUAUAAAUCGGAUUCGACUGAUGCUGUGGUAACGGCGAAUGGUUCAACUUCCCCUACAGUUGGAUAUAUGUUUUUACCUGUCGUAGUGAAUGAUGUUUCAAGGGUUAUUAAGUUUCAUGUUGUUCCGGGAGUCUCGUCGUCUUUAUUGUUUGGUAUAAACUUCUGGAAGGCUUUCCAGAUCGCGCCUGAUGUUUUGC